GUACGACUCCAACUACUACAAUAUUUCAUUUUAAACAAUUAAUUUUUACUGUUGCAAAAAACUAUAUAAAUACAUCUGUUAUCGAUUGAAAUUUAAAAUUCUACAAACAUGAAGUUUAUAAUUUUUGCCGUAGGCGUUUUAGCACUUUUGACUAUUGGUCAUUCAUAUCCCCAGCGGAGAAAAGAGUUUACCAGCAACUCUCCAAUUGAAACAAAACCAAUAAGUGAGGACUACUUUGGAGAUUAUUCAAAAUUUAUUAGUUUUGAUGACAAACAAAAUUCUAAAAGAACUGAUAUAACGGUUCCUGAAGACAUAAACGAGAAUGCAUCCGAUGUAAAAGCGUCAGUUCUAAAAGAUCACAACCAUUUUAGUAAAGAGGAAGAAGAAAAAAAUAGUGAAAAUUUAAAAUCGAAAGACGAGGUACUAAAUGCAAAUAAUUAUAGUAAAAAUGAAAUAACACCAGACAAUAAUGCCGGUCAUGUGGGUAGUGAAGAUUUUGAAAAUAAGAGAAGGGAGAAGAGAGAAGCAAAGGAUAAUGAUGACGAAGAUGACUAUGAGUAUGAUGGAAACGAAAAUACUAAGAGAGGCAAAGAUGCUAAUGAAGAUGGAGUUGCAGAUCUAGGUGAGAAUGAAGACACAGAUGAUGAGGAUGAAAAAGAGAGCGAAAUUAAAGAAGAUGAUAAAAAAGAGCAUCAAAAUAACAAUAAAGAAGAAGAUAAACAUUAUAACGAAAAUGCUGCUCAUGAUAAUGAAGACAUAGAUAAUGAUGAAAAAGAGGAUGAUAACAAAGAGAAUAAAGAUGAGAACGAAGAUGUGGACAAAGAAGAGAGUGAAUACAAGGAGAAAUAUAAGGUUGAUGAUGGGGACGUAGAUUAUGACGAAGAUGAUGACUUAGAUGAUGAUGAAGAUGACGAAGAAGAUGAUGACGAAAACGAGGAAGAUGACGAAUACGAGGAAGAUGAUGAUGAUGACGACGAAGAUGAAGACGACGAUGACGACGAAUAUAAGGACGAAGAUGCCGACGAAGAUGAUGACGACGAAGAUGAUGACGAAGAUGACGAUGAUGAUGAAGAUGACAACGAAGACGAUGACGACGAAGAUGACGAUGAAGAUGAUGACGAAGAUGAUGACGAAGAUGAUGACGAAGAUGAUGACGACGAAGAUGACGACGAAGAUGAUGACGAAGAUGACGACGAAGAUGAUGACGAAGACGAUGACGACGAAGAUGACGAUGAAGAUGAUGACGAAGAUGAUGACGAAGAUGAUGACGAAGACGAUGACGACGAAGAUGACGAUGAAGACGAAGAUGAUGACGAAGAUGAUGACGACGAAGAUGACGACGAAGAUAAUGAGGAAGAUGACGACGAAGAUGAUGAUGGAGAUGACAACGAAGACGAUGACGACGAUGACGACGAUGAAGAUGAUGACGAAGAUGAUGACGAAGAUGAUGACGAAGAUGAAGACGAUGACGACGAAGAUGAUGACGAAGAUGAUGACGAAGAUGAUGACGAAGAUGACGACGAAGAUGAUGACGAAGAUGACGACGAAGAUGAUGAUGGAGAUGACAACGAAGACGAUGAAGAUGAUGACGAAGAUGAUGACGAAGAUGACAACGAAGAUGAAGACGAUGACGACGAAGAUGAUGACGAAGAUGAUGACGAAGAUGAUGACGAAGAUGACAACGAAGAUGAUGACGAAGAUGAUGACGAAGAUGAUGACGAAGAUGACGACGAAGAUGAUGAUGAUGACGAAGAAGAUGAUGAUGAAGAUGACAACGAAGACGAUGACGACGAAGAUGAUGACGAAGAUGACGACGAAGAUGAUGAAGAAUAUUACGACGAUGAUGAUGACGAAGAUGAAGACGAUGACGACGAAGAUGAUGACGAUGAAGAGGAUGACGAAGAUGACGACGAAGAUGAUGACGAGGAAGAUGAUGAAUAUAUUUUAGACCAGGCUGACAACGGAAAUUCAUAUGUUAUAUUUAAUCAUAUUUUACAAUUAAAAAAAUCUAAUUUUUAAAUAAAUUUUAAAUAAUGAUUGGUUUCACAAAAAGAAAAACUA